AUGGAGGGCGGCGGGGGAUCCACGCGCGGGGCCGGCCGCGAGAAGAAGAAGGGCAAGAACCCCGAGGAGGCCGCGGGGGCGGCGGGGGAGCCCGCGGGCGGAGGAGGAGGCGGCGGCGGAGGGAAAUCGCGGAAAUUCAAUCUGAAGCGGGUGAUGGCAGAUGAGCUGGAGAGAUUGACGAGCAUGAGGAUAAAGAAGGAGAAAGAAAAGCCCAGUGUGGCUCAUAGGAAUUCCUCUGCUACCUACUCGGAAGUUUCCGGCGCAGGUCAGAUGCUGCAGGAAAUCUCGGACGAGGAUGUGCUGAUGCUCUUUGAACAGAUGCUGCUGGAUAUGAAUCUGAAUGAAGAGAAACAGCAACCUCUAAGGGAGAAGGACAUCGGCAUCAAGAGAGAGAUGGUCUCCCAGUACCUGCAUACUUCCAAAGCUGGAAUGAGUCAGAAGGAGAGUUCCAAAUCUUCGAUCAUGUAUAUCCAGGAGCUGAAAUCUGGUCUCCGAGAUGGACAGCUGCUCAACUGUUUGGAGUCUCUGCGGGUCUCUCUCAAUAAUAAUCCUGUCAGUUGGGUGCAAAAUUUUGGAGUGGAGGGUCUGAAUUGCUUGCUGGACAUACUGAAAGGCCUGCAUGAUGAGAAGGAAGAGGUUUCCAGCCACUACGACACCCGGAUCAAGCAUGAGGUCAUCAGAUGCUUGAAGGCUUUCAUGAACAAUAAGUUUGGAAUUAAAGCUAUGCUUGAAACAGAGGAGGGCAUCCUGCUUUUGGCAAGAGCUGUCGACCCCAAAGUCCCUUCCAUGAUGAUCGAUGCUGUCAAGUUGCUUUCAGCCCUCUGCAUCCUGCCUCACCAAGAAGCCUUGCAUGAGCGUGUUUUGGGGGCCCUCACUGACCGAGCAGAAAUGGAUGAAGUGGAACGAUUCAAGCCAUUACUGGAUGGUCUGAAGAGUGGCACCUCAGUGGUACUGAAGGACCUGCAUUCUCAAGACAACGAGGAGCUGAAGGUGCAGCUGUCAGUGUUCGAAGAAUACGGGGAAGAAGAUUCUGCUGAACUCCGAAGCCGUUUGGAGGACAUUCGCAUAGAAAUGGAUGACUUUGGUGAGAUCUUCCAGAUCCUUCUCAAUACUGUCAAGGAUUCGAAGGCAGAGCAGCAUUUCCUCUCUCUUCUGCAGCACCUUCUGCUCAUCCGCAACGACUACGAUGCCAGGCCUCAGUAUUUUAAGCUGAUUGAGGAGUGCAUUUCCCAGAUAGUCCUGCAGAAGAACGGGGCUGAUCCGGAUUUUAAGUGCAAGCACGUUGAACUUAAUGUUGAGGGACUGAUAGAUAACUUGAUUGACCAAACUAAAGUGGCAAAAAGCGAAGCCAAAGCCAUUGAACUGGAGAAGAAGCUGGAGUCUGAGUUGACUGCCCGGCAUGAGCUGCAGGUCGAAAUAAAGAAGAAGGAGAGUGACUUUGAGCAAAAAAUCCAAGAUGUGCUUCAAGAGAAGGAAGUGCUGGAAACAGAGAAACAGCAGAUCGUGUCGGAGAAGCAAAGUCUGGAAAGUGCUUCUUCAGCGCUGAAUGAUGAGGUGGCUAUACUUAAAAAGGAACUUGAAGAUGCUCGGAAGAAAAUGGAGCAUAUGGCCUCUUCUGGUGUCCCGGCACAGCCUCCACCCAGUGGGGUGGCCAUUCCUCCUCCCCCUCCCCUUCCCGGUUCAGCUGCAGUGCCACCACCACCACCUUUGCCAGGAAUGGCAGUAGUGCCACCACCUCCGCCACCUCUUCCUGGUGCAGUUGGAGUGCCGGCUCCUCCGCCACCACCGCCGCCUCUUCCUGGUGCAGUUGGAGUGCCAGCUCCUCCGCCACCACCUCCGCCUCUUCCUGGUGCAUUUGGAGUGCCUCCACCACCACCGCCACCGCCGCCUCUUCCUGGCGGGCCUGGAAUGCCACCGCCACCACCGCCUCUUCCUGGCGGGCCUGGAAUGCCACCGCCACCACCGCCUCUUCCUGGUGGGCCUGGAAUGCCUCCACCGCCACCGCCUCCUCCUGGUGGGCCUGGAAUGCCACCUCCUCCCUUGCCUCCUGGCUUUGGAGCUAUGACACCUGCAGCUCCAGUUCUUCCAUUUGGAUUGGCUCCAAAGAGGGUUUAUAAACCAGAAGUUCAGCUGCGAAGAACCAAUUGGUCCAAGAUUACGGCUCAGGAGCUCUCCCAGGACUGUUUCUGGGUCAAGGCCAAGGAGGACCGGUUUGAGAACGAUGAACUCUUUGCCAAGUUGACCCUCACCUUCUCGGCCGCACAGAGCAAAUCUAAAGCAAAAAAACAGCAGGAGAAUGGAGAGGAGAAGAGCCAGUCCAAGAAGAAGGUCAAAGAGCUGCGGGUGCUGGAUUCGAAGAACGCCCAGAAUCUCUCCAUUUUCUUGGGCUCCUUCCGCAUGCCCUACGAGGAGAUCAAGAACGCCAUCCUGGAGGUGAAUGAAGCUGUGCUGACCGAGUCCAUGGUGCAGAACCUCAUUAAGUUAAUGCCAGAACCAGACAAGUUGAAAAUGAUAGCCGAACUGAAGGAGGAGUACAACGAGCUGGCCGAGCCCGAACAGUUCGGAGUGGUGAUUAGUUCCGUCCCCCGCCUGAGGUCCCGCCUCAAUGCCAUCCUCUUCAAGCUCCAGUUUAGUGAACAGGUGGAAAACAUCAAGCCGGAGAUCGUCGCCGUGACAGCUGCCUGCGAGGAAGUCCGCAAGAGCGAGAGUUUCUCCAACCUCCUCGCCAUCAUCCUCUUAGUGGGCAACUACAUGAACGCGGGUUCCAUGAACGCCGGGGCCUUCGGUUUCAACAUCAGCUUCCUCUGCAAGGUGAGUCUUCGGGGCCGAGCCGAAUCUUGCAUGCCCUUGCUGCACUUCUUAGCUGAAACCUGUGAGCUGCAGUAUCCUGAUGUGUUGAAGUUCCCAGAUGAACUCAUCCAUGUGGAGAAGGCGUGUCAAGUUUCUGGUGAGAAUCUGCGGAAAAAUCUGGACCAGAUGAAGAAGCAGAUUUCGGACCUGCGGCGAGACGUUAGCGACUUCCCCAGUGCCACAGAGGAGAAGGAUAAAUUUGUGGAGAAAAUGACGAGCUUCGUCAAGGAGGCCGAAGAGCAGUACGAGAAGCUGCGGAUGAUGCACUCCAACAUGGAGAGCCUCUAUAAAGAGCUAGGCCAGUACUUCCUUUUUGAUGCCAAUAAGAUAUUGAUUGAGGAGUUCUUCAGUAAUCUGCACAACUUCCGAAACAUGUUUCUGCAAGCCUUAAAGGAGAACCAGAAGCGACGUGAGACGGAGGAGAAGAUGCGGCGGGCUAAGCUGGCCAAAGAAAAGGCAGAAAAGGAGCGGCAGGAGAAGCAACAGAAGAGAGAGCAGCUGAUCGACAUGAAUGCAGAAGGUGAUGAAACCGGAGUCAUGGACAGUCUACUAGAGGCCUUGCAGUCAGGAGCGGCCUUCCGUAGGAAAAGAGGACCGCGCCAAGCAAACCGAAAAGUUGGCUGCGCUGUCACUUCACUGCUAGCCUCGGAGUUGACCAAGGAAGAUGCUCUCGGGGGAAAGGCCAGCAAAGUGCCGAAAAGGGACGGAGGUGGGGAAGCCCCAGACGGAGAAGCGCCCGACGAGACUACCAAGGAGGCCAACCGCCGCCAGAACUAG